GCUGUUGUUGGCCCGUUGGGCCCGCCUGCUCGCCAUGGCGCCCCUCUCGUCUCAGCUGCUGAUUCAGCGGGGCCGCCCCAAGAGCGACCGGCUUGGGAGGAUCCGGAGCCUGGACCUGUCAGGGCUGCAGCUGCGCCCCGAGCACCUGGACCCCAAGCUCCUGUGCCGCCUCACAUUGCUGCAGGAGCUGGACCUGUCCGACAACCAGCUGGACACGCUGCCCGCCAGCCUGGGCCUGCCCCACCUGCGCACCCUCCACUGCGCCAACAACCAGCUGGGGGAUGUCACAAUCUUGGGCCAGUUCCCCCUGCUUGAGGAGCUCAGCCUGGAGGGAAACCCCUUCCUGACAGUCAGCGACCACCUGAAGAUCUCCUUCCUGCUGCCCAAGCUCCGGAAGGUGAAUGGCAAGGAGGUGUCCUCAACCUCCCAGUUGGAGAGCCUGAGCAGGGAGCUAGCCAGCCGGGUCAGCGCUUACUGGGAGAAGUUCGUGGCCACCCUGAGCCCAGAGGAGGAGCCCGAGAAGGCCAGGGCGGAGUUUGUGAGGUCGGCCAUCCGGGAGGUGCGCUACGGACCGGAGUCCCUCAGCGAGUUCACACAGUGGCGGGUGCGGAUGAUCUCUGAGGAGCUGGUGACCUCCCGUGGGAUCCCGGUGCCCAAGGCAGACAGCCCCAAGAGGCCUGUGGGAACCAGAGCUGCCCAGGAAACCAAGGCCAGACUGGGAUCCUCGAAACGACAGGACAGUGCCCCCCUCAGCAGUCCCUGUCCCACCAAGCGUGCCCGCACCUCCCCGUUGGCUGAGAUGGAGAGCAACCCCAGGGGCACUGGUGACAAGCAGCCUGCCGUGAAGCUGGAGCCCCUGCAUUUCCUGCAGUGCCACAGCAGGAACAACAGCCCCCGGGACCUGGAGACCCAGCUGUGGGCCUGUGCCUUCGAGCCGGCCUGGGACGAGGGGACCUCCAGGGACACGUCCCAGACCGUGGCAACUUGUGGUGGGGAGGCUGUGUGCGUGAUCGACUGCCAGACAGGCAUUGUGCUCCACAAGUACAAGGUGCCGGGCGAGGAGUUCUUCUCAGUGGCCUGGACAGCCCUGACGGCCGUCACACAGUUGGGCCACAAGAAGCGCUGGAACGUGCUGGCUGCAGCAGGCCUGCGGGGCCUGGUGCGGCUGCUAGACGUGCGAGCCGGCUUCUGCUGCGGGGUCAUCCGGGCCCACAAGAAGGCCAUCGCCACCCUCUGCUUCAGCCCCACCCACGAGACCCACCUCUUCACAGCCUCCUAUGACAAGCGGAUCAUCUUGUGGGACAUCGGGAUACCCACUGAUGAUUUCGAGUUCCAGGCCAGCCAGCUGCUGACACUGGACAGCACCUCCAUCCCGCUGCGGCUCUGCCCGGUGGCCUCCUGCCCUGAUACCUACCUGCUGGCCGGCUGUGAGGGAGGCUGCUGCUGUUGGGACGUGCAGCUGGAACGGCCUCAGAAGAGGAGGGCCUGCGAGGUGGAAUUCACCUUCCCAGAGGGCUCGGAAGCUUCUGGACGGAGAGUGGAUGGACUGGCCUUUGUGAACGAGGAUGUUGUGGCCUCCAAGGGGAGCUGCCUGGGCACCAUCUGCUUGUGGAGCUGGAGUCAGACGUGGGCAGGCCGGGGCCGCCAGGCAUCCGUGCCAGUGGUUGUCCUGGCUCGGCUGCAGUGGUCAUCCACUGAGCUGGCUUAUUUCUCUCUCAGCACCUGUCCUGGUGAGGGAAUCGUGCUCUGUGGGGACGAGGAGGGCAAUGUGUGGAUCUAUGAUGUCCAGCAACUCCUAAGCCAGCGGCCCCCACAGCAGGCAGCCCCGCAGGCCCCCACACAGAUCCUCAAGUGGCCUCAGCCCUGGGCCCUCGAGCAGAUGGUGACCAAGACCAUGGUGAACACAGUGGUGGCCAGCCCCUCCCUCACCUACCUCACGGCACUGACGGAUUCCAACAUCGUUGCCAUCUGGAAACGGCAGUAGUGCUGGCAGUGCAGCCUCAGCUCUGCCCCUGGCCUGGGGACAGAGGUCUUGUUUUUAAUGAGUGUUUUUUAUUAAAAGUUCUAUCAACAGA